UUCACUUGGACUUGUUUCUUGUGAAUUGAUUAAAUCUAUAAAAGAUUGUUGUACAUUUUAUUAAGUAGUACUCGCUCAACCAGUUGAGGUUAUGGCCCAACGGUACUUCUUGCUUGUUGAGUUCAUCCAGUUGCGAAUUUAGUAGUGGCUCGAGAGUGAUAUCAAUAUCAACAAACAAUGUUCAUCUUUUUGGCACUGACCCUCUUAAUUGCAUCAAUUUCCGCUGACGAGCUAUCGGAUUGCAAAUGUCAGGAAGGUUUCACCCCACAGAAAGAUGAAAUCGACGGAGUCAAUUGUCAUGGGGUAGUUUUGAAGUCGAUUUUGCCAUGCAAUAUCGUUUUCAAACCAGAUUGCGAGUGUGGAGAUGACGCUACCAGUGUGGUCCAGGACUCAUCAGGUACUUGGUGUGGACGGUUCACAGACGGGAAAGAAGAUAAACGAUGGGAAUGUGAAAACAAGGAAGACUGGGAUGCAUUUUACUUGAAACAUCCUGAAGAAAAACCAAAAUCUCCAAACUGAAACUGCAAUAUGAAUUGUUUCGAAAUGUUUGAGUCGAUAUCGAAAUGUGGCUUCAGCAGUUAUUUAUUUAUUUAUUCAUAUUUGCAGUAAGUGCUUUCCACACGAAUAAAUGUAUAACCGAUUC